CCGGGGCCCAGGAGCGCGCGGCCCGGGGCGCGGGGCCCGGAGCGGCCGGAGCGCGGCCGAGCCGCCGCCAGCAUGAUGAGCACCAAGGCCUUCACCCUGGUCCCCGCCAUCGAGCGGGAGCAGCUGCUGGGCGACCGGGACCGGGGGUCGCUGGAGUGUGUGGAGUGCUGCGGCCGGAACCUCUACGUGGGCACCAGCGACUGCUUCGUGUACCACUUCCUGCUGGAGGAGAAGCCCUUGCCCGGCGGGUCGGCCACGUUCACGGCCACCAGGCAGCUGCACAGACACCUGGGUUUCAAGAAGGCGGUGAGUGAGCUGCGGGCCGCGUCGGCACUCAGCCGGCUGCUGGUGCUGUGCGACGGCUGCAUCAGCCUGGUCCACAUGCUGAGCCUGGAGCCCGUGCCCUCGGGCGCCCGCAUCAAGGGGGCCAUGGCCUUCGCCUUGAACGAGAACCCAGUGAGCGGGGACCCCUUCUGCGUGGAGGUGUGCAUCAUCUCAGUCAAGCGCAGGACCAUCCAGGUCUUCCUGGUGUACGAGGACCGCGUCCAGAUUGUCAAGGAGGUGUCCACGCCGGAGCAGCCCCUGGCCGUGGCCGUGGAUGGCCAAUUCCUGUGCCUGGCCCUCACCACCCAGUACAUCAUCCUUAACUACAGCACGGGCACCUCCCAGGACCUGUUCCCGUUCUGCAGCGAGGAGCGGCGGCCCAUCGUCAAGAGGAUCGGGAGACAGGAGUUCCUCCUGGCGGGCCCUGGGGGACUGGGCAUGUUUGCCACGGUGGCUGGGAUCUCUCAGCGUGCACCUGUUCGCUGGUCGGAGAAUGUGAUCGGAGCAGCCGUCUGCUUCCCAUAUGUCGUCGCCUUGGAUGACGAGUUCAUCACCGUGCAUAGCAUGCUGGAUCAGCAGCAGAAGCAGACCCUGCCCUUUAAGGAAGGCCACAUCCUCCAGGAUUUUGAAGGAAGAGUGAUCGUUGCCACGAGUAAAGGUGUUUACAUCUUGGUUCCGCUACCUCUGGAAAAACAAAUACAGGACCUGUUAGCCAGCCGCCGAGUGGAGGAGGCUCUGGUUCUUGCAAAAGGCGCCCGGAGGAACAUCCCAAAGGAAAAAUUUCAGGUCAUGUACCGGCGGAUCCUGCUGCAGGCGGGCUUCAUACAGUUUGCACAGCUCCAGUUCCUAGAGGCUAAAGAACUCUUCAGGAGCGGCCAGCUCGACGUGCGGGAGCUCAUCUCCCUGUACCCGCUCCUGCUGCCCACGUCCUCCUCGUUCACCCGCUCCCACCCGCCCCUGCAUGAGUUCGCAGACCUCAACCAGCUGACCCAGGGUGACCAGGACAAGGUGGCCAAAUGCAAGCGCUUCCUCAUGAGUUACCUGAACGAGGUCCGCAGCACGGAGGUGGCCAACGGCUACAAGGAGGACAUCGACACGGCCCUGCUCAAGCUGUACGCCGAGGCCGACCACGACAGCCUGCUGGACCUGCUGGUCACUGAGAACUUUUGUCUGCUGCCCGACAGCGCCGCCUGGCUGGAGAAGCACAAAAAGUACUUUGCUCUGGGCCUGCUCUAUCAUUACAACCACCAAGAUGCCGCUGCGGUUCAGCUCUGGGUGAGCAUCGUGAACGGGGACGUUCAGGACUCCACGCGCUCAGACCUGUAUGAGUACAUCGUGGACUUCCUCACCUACAGUGUUGACCCCGACCUCGUGUGGCGGCAUGCCGACUGGGUCCUGCAGAGAAGUCAGGAGGUCGGAGUUCAGGUUUUCACCAAGAGACCACUGGACGAACAGCAGAGUGGUUUUAACCCAGAUGAUAUCAUCAGUUGCCUUAAGAAAUACCCUCAAGCCCUGGUUAAGUACCUGGAGCAUCUCGUCACAGACAGGAGACUGCAGAAGGAGGAGUACCACACGCACCUGGCCGUCCUCUACCUGGACGAGGUGCUGCAGCAGAGGCCCGGCACCCCUGACAAGGGUGCAGAAGUGACCGAGACACAGGCGAAGCUGCGACGCCUGCUCCAGGAAUCUGAUCUCUACCGAGUCCACUUUCUGAUGGACAGGACCCGGGGCGCCGGGCUGCCCCUGGAGAGUGCCAUCCUGCACGGGAAGCUGGAGCAGCACGAGGAGGCUCUGCGCAUCCUGGUCCACGAGCUGGCGGACUUCCCGGCGGCAGAGGACUACUGCCUGUGGCGCUCGGAGGGCCGGGACCCGCCCUACCGCCAGCGGCUGUUCCACCUGCUGCUGGCUGUCUACCUGGGCCCCGGCCCUGCCGCGCCCGAGCGGGCCGUGGCUGCCGUGGACUUGCUGAACCGCCACACCGUGGAGUUCGACGUGGCCCAGGUGCUGCAGCUGCUGCCGGGCACGUGGUCAGUGCAGCUGCUGCGCCCCUUCCUGAUGGGUGCCGUGCGGGACAGCAUCCAUGCCCGGAGGACCACGCAGGUGGCCGUGGGCCUGGCCAGGUCUGAAAACCUCAUCUACAAAUAUGACAAGAUGAAGCUCAAAGGAAGCUCUGUUCGACUCUCAGACAAAAAGCUUUGCCAGAUGUGCCACAACCCCUUCCUCGAGCCCGUGUUCGUUAGGUACCCCAAUGGCGGUCUCGUCCACACCCACUGCGCGGCUGGCAGACACACGGAGCCCAGCUCCCCCAGCGCCGGGGCUCGGACUUGAAGAGGCAGGACCUUGGGUCCUCACCUAGCCUGCCGGCUGCACAGACAGGAGGCUGUGACUGCUCUGCCAGUCGUCACCGGGUUCUGGGGAAUUCGGUCCAUGGGAAACAGGCUGCGGCCAGCCCCUGCCUCUGAUGGAAACGGACAGUCUCUCCAAUAGAGAUAUCCAGGUUUCCCCGUCCAGGGACAUCGCCGCCCACAACAGACGUCUGCUCCCUGAAGAAGUGAGCCUUCCUGUACAGCCCAAACGAAUCAGACCCCCACCCCUCGCCCUGAUCUGUAGACACAUGGGAUCGUCUGCUCCAGGGUAACAGCGGGGACCUCAUCCUGGUGGGUGAGUGGCCGGGGCACCCAGCUCUCCAUCCUGAUUGCCCGCCCACCGGCCACACCCGAGCCCUGCAGGACGGCUGACCUUGGGGAGGAAUUUUUGUUCCUUCCCACUUCCCAUCUGGUUCCCAGCCCCUAAAAGAUCUGCCUGGGUGCCCCACCCUUCCUUUUGGGAUUCCCUUCUGGCUGUCUCGAGAGUGAGGCUCUGAGAAGCCGUGGACGUGCCUGGAAGAGCUGCUCUUGGGUCUGGAGUCGUCGGUGGGGAUGGCAACCCAUGGCGUGUGGCCUGCUGGUUUGAAACUCCACGAUUCACAUGGUCAAGCAGAACCUUUUAUUUGAAGUUCUGUCCUCUUCGUGGCUUUUCUCUAGUUUGAAAAUUCACCCAUCAUGUUCGCUAGGGACGGUUUUCCUUAUGAAAACAUAUCCACCCUUGAUCACUUGGGAAAUUAAAAGGGAAAGGUUGUGAGCACAAGCCGAGUGUGUUUGCUGGGGCGGCUGGUGGUCACCUCCACGCUGGGUGGGGUGGGCUGUGGGUGACAGCUCCUUCUGCACUGGGGGUCAUCACCCUUCCCGGGGGAGCGCCGCCCCCCACAAGGAAGCCCAGGCAGGCUGCCUUACCUCCCAGCACUUUACAUGCCUGCCCUGCGGCUUCCCAGACGCACAGGACAGAAGUCUCCCGCAACCUCGGCAUCACAGGCCCGCAUCCACUCUUGCCUCUCUGUCCAGCAUCUCGGGGAAGCUGACGCUAUGGUUACUUCACUGCCCUCCUCUGAAUUUCUUCCUGCUGAUGACUGACCGACCAUCAGGGACUAAGAAGAAAGAUGCCAUGACCCCUGCUGUGAAGCUUGGCAGAUACGCAUAAGAUACCUAUGUGUGUGACGGGAGGACCCCCAGACCUGGCCUGUGUCCUCAGCCCAGGCCUUACGGACCAGGUGUAGAGCUCACCCACCUGCAGAAAUGCUCUGUACUGACAACCGUCCGUGUUCUCGUCCCUCUUGUGAUUCGAAGGGGCCGGGAAGCACAGGCACCCACGCACCUUCUCAGCUGCAUCUCAGUCUCUAUACAGAGUCAGUGAUGAAGAAAUUCUUGCAGCUCAGCCGUGUGCUGUGUGCAAUACUGGGAAUCAAAGCCGGGUCAUGAAUCUUGCCCUGUAGGUGGCCGUGAAGGCAUGGUUAUGUUCUUGGGGACGUUAUCCUUACAGCUUGCUUGUGAGUUUGGGUUUAUUCCUCAGAGAACAAGCAACUAGGACAUGGAACUCUACACUUCUGAAAGCACUGUUUCUCUCCACGAGAUGGGUACAAUCCUGCAAAAGCCUCCUGGUUCCUAACUCGGGGGCACAGGUCUUUCUUUGCUCCACACUUUGAUCGAUAUUUUGAUGUUUGUUAUCCUUUAGAAUAAUGGAACUAAAGUUGAACAGUUUUCUCUCUCUACUGAGCCCUCAAAUGCAGCAGGAUUCUGUGACCCUGUGCAGAAUUGUAAAAACCUUGCCUCUCUAAUCAACUCCCCCACCGACCAGGCCCCUUUCUCAAAUUAUAUUUUUAAAAGUUGAUGGUUCUUUCCAGAGCCCUGCUCUUUUGUGAUCGUGCCGUUGAUUAGAGGAAUUAGAACCGUCACUCGCCCCUUACCUCCCUGGGUCGAUUCGGUGUCACCUACCUAGUUAAAACAGCACGAAGUGGACACAGCUGACAUUAAUAUUCUCUGGGCAAGACUUUAAUUUCAUGAGCUGUUAAUCUGCUGUCGCUUAUCAGGCAUCCCCGUGGGAGGGUCGCGUGGGCUGUGGAGCCUUGGGCCUGUGCUCUGAGCUGGAAGGACCCCGGGGUGUGUGUGCAGGGGAUCCCGGGGCCUUGGGUCCCACCCUCAAGUCCCUGCCCAUCACACAGCCGGGGUGGCCUGGGCUUCCUGCUCGCCCUCCCAUGGAGACCUGGCCCUUUACCCUUUAACCCCUGGGUGGGUCCGAAGUACACAAGAUGUACAAAUGUAAACUUGUUGAUUUUAUUAAAAAUCCUUUUAAUUCUUUGUUC